CGGGGCGCAGAGGCUGCAAGCAACACAUGUGCAGCUCCCGCGAUGAAGUUCGCGUACCGGUUUUCAAAUUUGCUGGGGACAGUCUAUCGGUGUGGAAACUUAAAUUUUACAUGUGAUGGGAAUUCAGUUAUUAGUCCCGUGGGAAAUAGAGUCACCGUAUUUGACCUAAAAAACAACAAGUCGGACACUCUGCCGCUGGCCACUCGGUACAACGUCAAGUGUGUGGGGCUGUCCCCAGAUGGCCGCCUUGCCAUCAUCGUCGAUGAAGGGGGCGACGCGCUGCUGGUCAGCCUGGUCUGCAGAUCCGUGCUCCACCACUUCCACUUCAAGGGUGCCGUGCACAGCGUCUCCUUCUCCCCUGAUGGCAGGAAAUUCGUGGUCACAAAAGGCAACAUUGCGCAGAUGUACCACGCCCCGGGGAGGAAGCGGGAGUUCAACGCGUUCAUCCUGGACAAAACCUACUUUGGGCCCUAUGAUGAGACCACGUGCAUCGACUGGACAGACGACUCCCGGUGCUUUGCAGUCGGGAGCAAAGACAUGUCCACAUGGGUGUUUGGGGCCGAGCGCUGGGACAACCUCAUCUACUAUGCUCUGGGGGGACAUAAGGAUGCCAUCGUGGCCUGCUUCUUCGAAUCCAGCAGCCUGGACCUGUACACGCUCAGCCAGGACGGAGCCCUGUGCGUGUGGCAGUGUGACACGCCCCCUGAGGGCCUGAGGCUCAAAGCCCCCACUGGCUGGAAGGCGGACCUGCUGCAGCGGGAGGAGGAGGACGCAGAGGGGGAGGAGGAGACCACCAUCCGCGGGAAGGCCGCACCGGCGCCUGAGGAGCAGCGGGGCAAAGUGAAGUACUCUCGGCUGGCCAAGUACUUUUUUAAUAAAGAGGGAGACUUUAACCACCUAACGGCGGCAGCAUAUCAUAAGAAAGUCCACCUCUUGGUCACUGGUUUUGCUUCCGGAAUCUUCCACCUGCAUGAACUCCCAGAGUUCAGCCUCAUCCACUCCCUGAGCGUCUCAGAUCAGAGGGUCGCAUCCAUCGCCAUCAAUAGCUCCGGGGACUGGAUCGCCUUUGGAUGCUCAGGCCUGGGCCAGCUGCUGGUGUGGGAGUGGCAGAGCGAGUCCUACGUGCUCAAGCAGCAGGGCCACUUCAACAGCAUGGUGUCCCUGGCCUACUCCCCUGAUGGGCAGCGCAUCGCGACCGGCGGGGACGACGGCAAGGUCAAGGUAUGGAACACCCUCAGUGGCUUCUGCUUCAUCACAUUCACGGAGCACUCGAGUGGGGUCACCGGCGUGACCUUCACCUCCACCGGCUACGUCAUCGUGACCUCUUCCAUGGAUGGGACCGUGCGUGCCUUUGACCUUCACAGGUACCGGAACUUCCGCACCUUCACGUCUCCGCGCCCCACCCAGUUCUCCUGUGUGGCAGUGGACUCGAGCGGGGAGAUCGUCUCUGCUGGGGCCCAGGACUCCUUCGAGAUCUUUAUCUGGUCCAUGCAGACAGGCAGGCUCCUGGACGUUUUGUCUGGCCAUGAAGGGCCCAUCAGUGGUCUGUGUUUUAACCCGAUGAAGUCGAUCCUGGCCAGCGCCUCCUGGGACAAGACGGUGCGGCUGUGGGACAUGGUAGACAGCUGGAGGACCACAGAGACACUGGCCCUGACCUCUGAUGCUCUGGCUGUGACCUUCCGCCCUGACGGAGCAGAGCUGGCUGUGGCCACGCUAAACUCACAGAUAACCUUCUGGGACCCAGAGAACGCGGUGCAGACGGGCUCCAUUGAGGGCAGGCAUGAUCUCAAGACGGGCAGGAAGGAGCUGGACAAAAUCACCGCCAAGCACUCAGCCAAGGGGAAGGCCUUCACCACUCUCUGCUAUUCCGCGGACGGCCAGAGCAUCCUGGCGGGAGGGAUGUCCAAGUUCGUGUGCAUUUAUCAUGUCAAGGAGCAGAUUCUCAGGAAGAAGUUUGAGAUCUCUUGCAACCUCUCUCUGGACGCCAUGGAGGAAUUUUUGAACCGAAGGAAAAUGACAGAGUUUGGCAACCUGGCGCUGAUUGAUCAAGACGCCGCAGAGGAGGGUGGAGUCGCGAUACCACUUCCGGGUGUAAAGAAAGGGGACAUGAGCUCUCGGCACUUCAAACCUGAGAUCAGGGUGACUUCGCUCCGCUUUUCUCCCACCGGACGCUGCUGGGCAGCCACCACGACUGAGGGACUCCUUAUCUACUCCCUGGACGCGCGCAUGCUCUUUGACCCUUUCGAGCUGGACACCAGCGUCACCCCCGGGCGGAUCCGGGCUGCGCUGCGCCAGCGGGACUUCACCAGGGCCAUCCUCAUGGCCUUCAGGCUCAACGAGAGGAAGCUGCUGCAGGAGGCCCUGGAGUCAGUGCCCUGGGAUGAGAUUGAAGUCGUCAGCUCCUCGCUUCCUGACUUGUAUGUGGAGAAGGUGCUGGAAUUUUUAGCUUCGUCCUUUGAGGUGUCCCGCCACCUGGAGUUCUAUCUCCUAUGGACUCAGAAGCUGCUUGUGGCGCACGGACAGAAGCUGAAGUCCAGGGCGGGGAAGCUGUUGCCGGCCGUUCAGUUCCUUCAGAAGAGCAUCCAGCGCCACUGGGAGGACAUCUCCAAACUCUGUGACUGGAACCGCUACAACGUCCAGUACGCCCUGGCAGUUUCCAAGCAGCGGGGUGUGAAGCGCCCCUCGGACCCGCCGGGAAGUGAGGAUGAAGCAGGUCCGCCCGACGACGACGAGGACGGUCUGCACCUCCUCCGGGGGCGCCCCGGGGAGGUGGGCGCAGGUGGGCCGCUGCCCUAGAGCCACCCUGCUGCAGGCCCGCUGGCCGUGCUUGAGACCCCAGGGGAGGUGGGCGCCGCUGGAGGGUGGGGCUCUGUCCCCGAGGCUGGCGCUUCUGUGAGAAGCUGUCGCGGCCGCGGGGUCAGUGAGCUCACAGCCUGGAGCUGGCACGUGAGCGAAAGUGGACGUGGAGCCUCUGCUGCUGAAAACUGAGAGGCGAGUGGGAUCAUGUGUGUGGACUCAGACUUUGUAUGAGAAAUUUUACGUGUUUGAUACAAAGUUUUGACAAUAAACUUAGGGAUGAAAAUAAAUUUUUCUAAAAAGUA